UUUUUUCAUUUCCUUGGAGAGUUUGAGAGAAAGUGGACAGCAUUAGCCAUAUAGAAAAUCAGACUCGUUUUUCCCCAGCACAGACAAAAAGGGGAUCAGCUGCUGUUUCUGGGGCUGCCUAUUGCGUCCGUCUGCUAUCCCUCGUGUCCGCCCGUUCAAAAUGUAGACCCAAUUAUAUUUAUAGACGAAGACUACGCGCACACACACACACACACGCCGUCGCCCGUCGUCUGGCAUAACAGCAACGACGGACGCGUUUCUCCUGCUGAUGCCAUCCGACUGGUUGCCCGCGACAGGACUCACGCAAAAAAAAACAACCAAAAAAAGUUCACGUCAACCGACAAAGAGAGAACUGACGUGUUUCACGUAUUAAUCGAUGGCACGUAGCCCACACAUUUCCCCCUCCCUCCCGCUCGUUCGUUCGUUUGAUAUUCCUGCAGCACCGAUGAGGUGGUUCCCGCUAUACUUCACAGGGGAGCGACAUUCAUUGUUAUCCCAGCUGUCCGGCAUCUCGUCAACUCACAGUCAAUGGUUUAUAUAGAAACGGAUCGAAAAUUCCAGGCGAGCUAGGAACUCGAUCAACGUCACGUAACAAAGUAGCGUCGACCCGGUAACUGCGUCCCGUACGUACCACACCAGCAGCAGAUUUGCCAUUUUCUCGUCUUGUUUUUUUACUUUUUAGGUGGGUCGCGAUUUCUUAUUUGCCCGGUGGCCCGCCAGGUCGUCUGGCCGUUUUAAAAAUAAAACACACCAGCAGAGCACGUUGAAGAAGAAAAUCUUUUGAAGCAAAAUAAAUAAAAUCAUCCAGUAGACGGGAAAAAAAGUAUAAACGACAGCGCGGGAACGCGGGAAGGAGUUGGGCCGCCCUUUGGGGGAGUUGACGAAUUUUGUUUUGGUUUGUUUUUGGGUUGUUUCAGCUGGAAAAGAAAAUUUGUUGACCUGUUGAUGGAUGACAUCGUCUUUUGUUUACCUCAAAAACUCUCUUGGCCCUCGUCGCAUAUAUUGGCCGCAUCCGGCAGGAACUGUGGUGGUGGUUAAAAUCCGAAAAUAUCUGAAUUUCUGUUUUUCUGGCGAAACAUUAUUUUUAGAGAAAAGGAAAUUUCAAGUCGGUUUUUUUUUUUUAUCUUCUACUAUCUCGCCGCGAAACCCGCAUUUUGAAAUGUUUUACCACGUUAUCGGGCAAGUUGGAUCGUCCCAUUAAUGCACAAAAGAGGACGAGGGCAAAAUGUGAUGCCACCCAGCAGUCGAUUAGUAGAACCCAACAAGAGAAUCUGAUUCCGAUUAUCUAUCUUCACAGUCGUCUGCUGCUGCUGCUGCUGCCGUUUGAGUUUGUGCGUUUGCGUGAGUCUAUUUUCGUGACUUUCGCUCGGAUACCACACAAGGUGACACGCAGAGGUCGUUUAGUCACGGGUCAGAUGACUUAUCGCCAGUGCGUUUUUCUGCUGAAAACUGAAACAAACGAAAUGGGCCAUAAGUCGGACGGGAGAGAAAAGCAAAACUUGUUCCGCUGAAAUUCGUUUUCGGCUUUUAGCCUUUUAGCUGGAAAAAACCAAAAAUGUUUGUCUGACUGCCGGGCCGAGGACGUGUGUGUGUGUGUACCUUGCAAGGAUAUUCGAGUGUAUGGUUGCUGCCCAAUUUGGGUGGCAGCAGGAUAACCCAAGAGAAAAAACCCUCGAAGCGAUCCGCGUAUAUAUCCAUCAAUAGUCCUCCUAACUACCAGCUCGACCUUUUGUUGAUUGCUGGUCUACGGUAUCCAUUUGGGGCUGUUGUCGGGCGGUAGUAGCUGGCGGAUCCUCGUUCCCUUUUAUUUUUGGUGGGCCGUACUCGAUGAUCGUCUAAUAAUCAUCAUAACUAGCAGUACGUAAAAAAUAUAGCCCUGACCAAUAACAUCAAAUGACAUACAGAAAGGCGCCGUUUUAUUUAGUUACCAACUGCCUUUACUCUUUUGGGUCUGUGUAUAAAAUAGCCAGAUUGUUAAACAGGUGCUCUACCAAGGAAUUUCCAAAAUGAAAUAAAACAUUUAACGAGAUUUCCGUACCCAGCAGCACCUGCGUGUGUUGCGUAAUAACGGGAAAGUUGUGUGCUGAAGGCGUCGUCGAUGCGCGGGGAAUAUUUAACCGCGACGUCAGCAGCGGCACAAUAUUUUUUUCGUUCUCUCUUACCCAAGUGUUUUCAAAAAAAAUUCCUGUCCUUAACCGUAAAAUGCUGGGACAAUUUUCUCAGCUGUAUUAUAUUAACGACGGGAAAAAUCCCAGCCAGGCUUCGUCUUUUGGUCCAAAAAGGAAAAAAUGUUGCUGCACGAGGAUGAGCAACAAACUUCUACGGUUGCGCCAUAUUGUUCCGUUGCUGGAGCUGAGCUGCAACACAUAUGGCAAUUUAGUGUUCGCUCGUGCCUAAUAUUCUUCCUUUUGAGUAUUGCGCCCCCCCCCUCCAGUCUUUUAUUAACACCCAACUCCGGGAAUUGUUUUUCAUCGCCUGAAUUUCCCCCCAGAGGCUCUCUAGAAUUCAAUUGCGCCAUAGGAGAUUUCAUCUUAUUUGAACAUUUUGUGUUUUGUUUUAUCCUGGAGAAUGGGAACUUUUCGGUUGCCUUUGGCCUAUUGCAGCUGCGAUGUUGGGUUUAAAAAAAGGAAUCGUUUCCGAUGAAUCUUUGGUGAUUGAUUGCCGUCUGGCCGGAUGUUGCAUGGGAUGCUCAACUGGUUAGAUUCAGUUGCUCGACUACACUUGUGGUAUUCAUUUACGGACGUCUCUCCCCCUACUACUCUUUUAUCCAUCCUAUCGACACACUGGCGGCUGGCUGUUUGGGAGGAAGAACUGGCGUUCCAGAGAAAAGAGAUUUAGCCCAGACUGUGAGUGCUGUGCAUGGCCAGGCGGUUUGACCAUCAGAGCGACUCGUCUGACAGAAACGAAGAACUGCCUCUGCACCCAAUCAAAGCGUCGGCGGCCCCAGCCACACACUCACGUAAUAGAGUCGAAAAAGGAAAUGAGAUUGAGUCCUAUACAAUCGAUGCCCUGGUGUCUAACUAACUAUACGUCGUCCCAUGUCGACCAGAGUCAUUCGUUGCUGGCAUAGGUUAUAUGACCUUUUGAAUGUUGCGCCAUCCCAUCCCAUCCAUCCAGCGCGAUUAAUCGAUUCCCCAGAAAUAUACUCUGCACGAUGACGCCCUGCCGUGACGACGAUGUGCCAAACAAACAAAUAACCAAACGACCGACGGAAGUUUGAGCUGGAAAUUCAGGGCGCGCACGAGUCAACCGAAUCAUUACGAAAAUUAACAAACCGCAACCGAAAUCACACCAGUAGACCGCGCCGAUGCUUUGAUUAUGUUUUUUCUAUUUCGGGAGAAAAACAAAAAAACAAAUAACAAAAUUCUGAUUUGUUUCAACUCGCCAAGGACGCGGUUGUGGAGAACAAACCGCAUAGGAGCAACUCGAUUUCGUAACUUAUUGCGCACUCGCUCGUUUCGUUGAAUGACUUUUUAAUUCGUAUCGCUGCACAGCCAUAUAGUGAAAUGCGAUGUUCUCACGAUGAGAGUCGAUUCGAUAUACAUCUAUUGGGUCAUUUCGUUAAUAGUCGAUUGCGAAACGGGUGUGAUGAGACUGUCAUUCGAAUAUUAAGAUGAAUAUAAUAAGGCGCACCACACAUACGUAUUAUAUAUUUUAACUACCGACAGCUAUCUAACACGGCGAUGUGACUGGCAAGUGUAAUCUUAUCUGCGCUAUUCUCCGCUUUCAGCCGGAUAUAGUCUACACACAAUCCUCCAUUUCCGGCUGACGGCCCUUUUCAACCAUUGCCGCUCCGUUUACUUCGCCUACACACGAAUUUCGACACGCUGUAACAGACAUGCACAGCAAUAAUCCCGUUGAAGCGACUUAUAUAGCUAUAGCCGAGUCAUGGCCACGAUCCGUGUUGAUCUCGCUCUUUCUCUUUUCCAGUCUACGCAUUUGUACACUACACUGCAGCAGCCGAUGUGUGUGUGUGUACUAGUCGUUCGCAUACUCUAUUUUCAUCGGCUGCUGGUAAUAGGAGCCGUUGGAGAUUCUAAUAAGACCAUUAGUGGAUCGGAGAGACGCCGACGUGCUGAUUUCUUCCUCAUUUUCUUGUUGAAUGUUUCCCGAUGUGUACACCCAUCAGUAUACCAAGGAGCAGCAGUCGCGUCAAGUAAGUCGACCGAUUAGAAGAUGAGAGAAAGAAAACCGAACAUGGUUAUGUAUUUUCGUUUUUCCUCUUCCGCAUCUUGUAUAACUUUUGACGAUGAUGGAAAUCUCGACUUACACACACACACAACCGACCGAAAUACACACACACAUCGGCAGCUGGGUCUUGUCUAUAUAUAUUGACUUGAGGCUGUAUGGUGCGGUUGCUGGUUAUAGGUCCGUCAAUCAGGCUGCUGAUGUCCCAAAGAAGCUCGGGUCGUCCGCGAGACGGUCGGCGGUGGCGGCGGUUUUUUGAAAAGGUUAUCGGCCAGAUGCAUCCGCACUGUACAGCAGCUUAUAGCGUAUAUACACACAGGCAGACAGUAGUGGCCAGCAUAUUGAGGAUCGAAUUCGAGACACACAGGCACUUAGCGCGCAGAGUUUCUCCGCGAGUAUAUACUUGAUAUUCGAAACGACGACCGUUUCGGCCACGCAAAAAAAACACACAAGCAAAAAAACCGCGCGUCGAUUAAAGUGUCGGAUAUAUAUUGGCGGAUAUUGGCGAUAUCAAAGAAGGCCAGGGCCAGCCAAUAAAAUAAAACAAGGACAUUUAAAAUCCACCACCCCGACCGUAAAAACCCAAAAAAAAUCUCAAAUUCACAUCAGACACUGAAUUCUUUUUUUUAUUUUAUUUUCUGUUUUGUUUUUUGGUGGGGAAAGCGCUUUUGUUGUUAUUUUAGACGUUUUUGGCUACUGCGCACUUGCAACGCUCGGCCAGUUCACUCCGGGAGACUAUUUUUACACGCCCAUCUUUCACACCUCUUUUUUUCUUUUCUUUUAUUAUUGCAGCGCCAUUUCUAGUUUUGAUGGUUGAAUUCGGGCCAUUGUUCCUUCCGCAGUUUUUAGCCAAUCCAUCUAAAUAUAACCGGGCAGCAUUGUUAUUGUCAUCAAUUUUAUCAACAGGCGCAGUACACAGAGAGAGAGACUCUUGGCAGUUGAUGAUGACCAGAAAAACAACAGCAGCCAACGCCCAUGACAAUAAAACGCUUAUUUCCCUCCCGAAACAAACGACGAGUGAAUUAUUAAUAAACAACAUGAGCACUAAAGUGCCUGACAUGAGGAGAAUAUCAAACAACAACCAACCAAAAAAAAAACGAAAUAAAAUGCACGUGGGGACGGCGCCGUGAUCGAUCAGCGGGAACCCAACAACUCGCGGCGAUGGAUGACAUAUCCCCCAACCGAUUGUUUAAUCGAUGGAAAUGCGUGCGUGCCAAACUCCCCCACAGUUGCGGAAGACAGACAGACGCUAUAUAUACAUCAGUCUAUAUAGAGUCUAUCAGCUUUACAGUGUACAUAACCCCGUACUUUACGGUAGGGCGGGAUUGGCGCUGCUGCCUUGUGAGCACCACCGAAAAAAAAAACUUUUUUGAUUUUCCAUCUCAGAGAAAAGUGAAGGCGCAAUGAGAAAAGAGCAAACAUACAAUCUCUAAAAAUACACACACACACAACUCUCGUAGGAUUUUUUCUUUUUCUCGUAUGGGACGAGAUCACAUGCAGGUCAUGUGUGUGUGUGUGUGUGUGCGCCAUAUUGUGUAGUUGAGCUCAAAGAGUCGGGAUUUUGCGCUGGCCGCGUACGUGAUGGAGUGCGGUAUUUCGUGGCCGUAACAAUCGCCCGGCCUUCCAUAUAGUAUAUGGUUUCAUGGCUUUUUGGGGGGCUCUGCCGCCCUCGUAUAAUCGUGAAUUUUUUUUGUUUCUCUUGUAUUAUUAUAUGGACUUUCUCCGGGUUUUUUUAUUUCUAUGGGAACUCUGUUGUUGUCGGGCGCUGUAUAUAUAGCGUGCGGAGAAUAAAGUAAAAAAUUAAGAGAAUCGGUCACAGUAUUAGCCCGACUCAAUUACAUCAUCUACUAUUUUGGCCAAAAAUGUGGGUAGUGCUCUAGUAGUAACUAGCGAUGGCUGCUGCUGUGCUGGCGAAAUCCGACGACUCGCACUUUUAUUAUAAGAGGAGGAAAGUGCUGGACGGUCGGGUUCGUCGUCCUGUGACGACGUGCCAUUCUACACCCACCGCCCGUCGAUUUCUUGUGCUGGAUGCCCAAUACAAUAAGAGGAGAGGCCAUCAUCAUCAUCAUCAUCAUCAUCAUUGCCGACAGGCUUUUGAAAACAAGUUCCCCUAAUCUACUACACAACGCACAAGUGUAGCGUUUCAAAUGCGAAACGCUUAGACCUUAACUACGUCGACCGUCGUCGUGUCCAUUACCGAUGAGCCCCAUGUCCGUGAUCCUGCGGGAAAAAAAAGGCCAACGCACACUCGAAAGGCACAACCCACACGCGGUCACUGAUUCUUGUUCUUAUUCCAUGUUUCUACAUGUUUGUGAUGUAAGACCAUCAUCAUCCCGCAACCCGGAAAGAAGAAAAAAUCAAAGGAAAUAAAAAAGAAAACAAAUAGGGCGGAGUCGCUUUUAUACGGUCGGUAGCUACGACGACGUGACCGUAAUUCAGGCUAGACCCUUUUGCGCAAGCCAACCCCAUCCCCAAAUGCACGAUCCUUAUAUUCCUGCCCACCCGUUUUUGAGCUUCUCCCAUCGCCGUGGCUCUGGCUCGUUUAUCAGUCGAUAGAGUCGCCCAUAUUCGCUCCCAUCCGGCAGCUCUAGACGCCGAAGAAAAUCCAGCCUGGUAUAUGGUGGAAUAGAUAUUCUCUUCCCGUUGGAUCGUGAUGGCUCCACUGCGGCUCUCCAUCACAUCUCGUCGGCGGGGGCUGGGCUGGGCUGGGUCGUAUCCAUCGCUUCCGCUUUUUGUUUGCAGAGAGAAACUCGUUGUCAUUUACCAAAAGCGAAAGCUUUGCCUUGUUAUCAUCUGUAUAGACUCUGCUGGCGCGUUUGGGGGAGCCGCGGGUGCGUGAGAGCCUCUCUCUCCAUCUAGUCGGACAAACUCCGAGGCCGUCAUCUGAUAUUGGCCCGGCUGCCCGGGCUCUAAACAGCAUAAAAAGGGCGGGUCUAUUUCCUCUCCCUUUUUUUCUCUACUCCCCAGCGUGAGCGUCGGAGCACGAAUGUCACAUUUGAACAUAACGUGUGAAACGAACAUCCUCGAAGAAAUUUCCUUUCGUUUGUUCUUCACAAAGAACCUUAUGUCUACACGUACGUCUGUUUGCUCCUCGCAGACUGGAAAGAAUAAGAAGAAGAAGAAAAGAUGGCAGCUAAACUAACCGUUCCGGUCGAGAUCUCUCCCGUUUUUCCCUCUCGCUCCCCCAACUAUCGGUGACACAAUCAUGGUGCGGUUUUCUGCCUUCACCCGCGUUCAUUUUCUUCCCCUUUUUUUUUCGCUAAUGGAUCGUUAAGUGGACAGGACAAUCUCGUCGAUGAGGUGCUGUGUUACACACAGCUCAGAGUCCUUUUUGCGUGAUCAUCGCUAACUCGUUUCGUUACUAAACGCGGCAGCUCAGAUAUCUCUCCGCCAUGGCGAGAUGGCGAGAGAGAUUUGCGGUUGAUUAUAGCACUAGCGUUUCUCUAAUCGAGGUAAGAAGAUAUAUACAACUACUACCGGAGCUUAGACACGGAGAGACUGGUUCUUGUUGUUGUUAUCACGCUUGAUUGAGAAAAAAAGAAAAACGACAGAGAACGAGAUCUUCUUUCAGUUCACAUGCCGAGGAAAAGAAUUCAAAGUUGUAAUAUUAAGACUUUCUCCAAUCACUGAUUCAUCAAUUUUUUGUAAAAAUUAUCCGCCAUCUUUUUUAAGGAUAUAGCGGCUCAUUUCUUAUUGCCAAAUUGCAAUGGAAUAUUAUUUAAAAUAAAGAAAAGAAAUAUUUCUUUAUGAUCUCUUUGUUUAGAUUUCUUUACACCGGCAUUAUAAGUUUGUCGGAUUCUAUCCCCAGCCCUUUUGACGUUUUCCUUUUUCAUCUUGGAAUUAAGAAUUUUCUGAGGUAAAAGAAAAAUGCUCCCCCUUACCUUUUCCUGUCGGCAACAGGCAUAAGAUGUUGUGGUGAUGGAUAUUUUUUGGGCUAUGCACUCGCACUGCAAGGGGACCAAAGUCCGGCCCUGGAGCGUGUUGAAUUCUACGUUGGAAGUUUAUUUGCGUUUGUCUUUUUUAUUAUUUUCUCUCUUUUUCUUUUUCGGGACUGCGUAAUGUGUCCUUUGAUAUCACCCAACAACACGGCGAGAAAAGUGCAAGGGAAUCUCUCCCUACCUCUGCACUUUGAGAGAAUUUUGGGGGUCACUUACGUAAAAAAGACAAAAGAAGCGAAAGACAAAAGAAGAAGAAGAAGAAAAGGAUUUGGAUAAAUGUUCAAGUAGUCGUGGUGGUGGAGAGCACACGGCACACACCGUGUCGCCUUGACUCUGUGUGUCCUCGUCGCACACAAGAGAUAAGCGUCGACAGUUGGCAAAAAGGAAAAAAAAAAGCGCAAAGUUUUAAACACACAAACGGCGAAAUGGAUAAAUAACUCUUGUUGUUUUCCCCCCUCCGUGUGUGUUUGUGAUGCCUUUCGUCGGCCGCCCAGCAGCAGCUAGCAAACGUCGUUCGUCGAUAUAUGGAAAUCCUUUUAGCGGUCACACAAUGUGUCCGACCGAAACUGAAAAGGACGAUUCCAUCUUCUUCUUCUCCCGUUGCUGCUGACCAUCGACAAGGACAAAAGGGCCGGCGUGAAUUGAUCGAGUCUCAACGACCGUCCAAUAGCCGCAAACAUGUCCGUCGGCAGGAGAGAACCACCGUCGCCAACCGAAUCUAUCGUCGGCCAGGUGAUAAAAACGGGAUUGACUUCGACCCGGUGCACAGCCCGAUGGCGUCCGUCUUGGUGGUGGCUGUCGUUGCUUUUCUUUGGUCUGCUGCUGAUCGGACCGGCUGAGCCGGGGACGGGCAAACCGAUGGUCAACCUGACUAUUGGUUAUUUGCCGACCAUUUUGGGCGAACACCGCGACAAGCAGGGCUUAUCAAUUUCGGGAGCUAUCACGUACGCUCUGCAGCAGAUUGAAAUCGAAAAGAUCUUGCCCGAAGGUGUCUCUUUGGUCCUCCAAUUUAACGACACCCGCUCCGACCUGCUCCUCACCACCAAGGCCCUCACCGAGAUGAUGUGCAAGGACGUUGUGGCCGUUUUCGGACCUGAAAACACCUGCAACGUCGAAGCGACCAUCUCGUCGGCCUGGAAUCGCAUGAUGAUCUCCCACAAAUGUGCAGAUCACACCGUCUCGGACAAGAAGAAAUUCCCGACGUUUAUCAGGACGUACCCGACCGAGACACAGGUGACGAAAUCGAUCGUGUCGCUGCUGCUGCACUACAACUGGAAGAAAUUUUCGAUCGUGGCCGAGAAUUCGCCGCGAUGGCAGACGGUGGCCGACUCGCUGGAGGCCCGGGUCACGGCCAACGUCGCCAUGAAACUUCAUCUCAAUCACCGGCUCAAGUUCGAGGACAUGAACCGCUGCUGUGCCAAUCGGGAGUCAUGCUGUCACAAUUCUUGGACGUUUGAUAUCCUUGAGAAGACUCGCUCGGGCACUCGAAUUUAUGUGUUCCUGGGCGAGCCGCACAACCUCUACGACUUUAUGACGACAAUGCAAAUGAUGAGACUCUUCACCAAAGGAGAGUACAUGGUCAUUUCCGUCGACUGGGAAACUUACAGCCCCGACCGAGCCAGAGAAUACCUAUGGAAACAGCAAAUGGUGAGCGAAAUUCGAAAUUGCAGCGAACUCGAGUCACCUAGUCCGGAAGCGGCCAAGUCGCUUCUGAUGAUCGUCACUACCAAGCCCGACGAAGGAUUCACGAAAUUCUCCGAGAUGGUCCGCAAAUACAAUCAGGAGCCUCCGUUUGGUUUCUCCGAGCCGGAUAUCUUCAAAACUUUCGUCAGGCACGUUCCCAUGUACGCUGCCCAUUUGUACGACGCUGUCCUCCUCUACGCCAGGGCGCUGGGCGCAACGCUUAAGGAGAACAACUUGACCGAUCCUCAGAGCAUUACCGAAGCGGCCAAAGACGGCAAAACCCUUUUCAUGAAGAUUCAUAAUCGAACAUAUGAAAGCGUGACGGGUGCGUCAAUCAGGAUUGACGACAAUGGCGACUCUGAGGGCAACUACACGGUGCUGGCCGUCAAAUUCAACAACAUCUCGCGUGCCAUCAACGUCAACAAGAUGGGAGACAAGGACAAAUUUCACUGCCACUACGAGAUGAUGCCCGUUGGCCGGUUCGAUUACACCAACAACACGACGCCGAAAUUCACGUUGACGGACAAGAUUCUGUGGGUGGCGGGCGAACGUGCGCCGCUGGACGAGCCUCCGUGCGGCUACCGGAACGAGCGGUGCAGCGACUCUGACACGCGUCUGAGAGAUUCCCAGAUUGCCGCCGGAGUUCUCGGCUGCAUUUUCCUGGCGGCCGUCAUCACGACUCUCUUUGUCUAUCGCAAAUGGAAGGUUGAACAAGAGAUUGCCGGUCUUGUUUGGAAGAUCGAUCCCAAAGACAUCAUAUCAAUGUCAUCGCAGACUGCCGAUGGCUUCAUGGAUAAAUCCACCAGCAAAUUGAGUUUGGCGAGCGUGACGGUGGAUCAGGUUUUCACCAAAGUCGGUCGCUAUCGCGGCACCAUCGUCCGCACCAAGGAGCUCUGCUUCUCCAAGCGCUACGACAUUGGACGCAAAACGAUGAAGGAAAUGCGUCUAAUGCGCGAAAUCCGUCACGACAACAUCAACCCGUUCAUCGGAGCUGCUGUCGAACCGUGUCGCAUCCAGAUCGUCUCCGAAUACUGUCACAAAGGAUCUCUACCGGACAUUUUGGAGAACGACGACAUCAAGUUGGAGAAUAUCUUCAUAGCCUCGAUGGUCAACGACCUGAUCAAGGGUAUGACGCAUCUCCACAAAACGGAUCUACACUUCCACGGCAACCUCAAGUCAUCCAACUGCGUCGUCACGUCGCGCUGGGUCCUCCAGAUUACCGACUACGGCCUUCACGAGCUCCGCGCUGCCGCCGAGAAGGAUUCCAUCGGAGAUCACGAACUCUACCGCAAUUUGUUAUGGAAGGCGCCGGAAUUGCUGAACGACCAGUCCAACUCGGUUCGUGGCACACCAAAGGCUGACGUCUACGCCUUCGGCAUGAUCCUCUACGAGAUUCUGACUCGGCAAGACGCUUUCACUGGCUACAAACUCGAGCCAAAAGACAUCGUCGACAAGAUUCGAACUGGCCCAGCUCCAGGAGAGAAACCCUUCCGUCCCGAUAUCCAGAUGCUCCAAGAUUAUUGCAUUUUCGUGCAACCCGACAUUGGAAUGGGCUGUCCGGAGUACAUUCGCUCUUGCAUGGAGGAUUGUUGGGCCGAGUCACCGGAGCAGCGCCCGGAUUUCCCCACCAUUCGCGAUCGUCUUCGUAAAAUGAGAGAGGGAAUGAAGCCGUUUAUUAUGGACCAGUUGAUGGAAAUGAUGGUGAUCUAUGCCGGCAAUCUCGAGCUCUUGGUCACCGAGCGGACCCAACUUCUCUACGAAGAGAAACAAAAGACCGAGGACCUCCUCCAUCGCAUGCUACCAAAACCCGUGGCUCAACGACUCACAAGAGGGUGGGGCGUCGAACCGGAAUCCUACGAAGCUGUCACCAUCUAUUUCAGUGACAUUGUUGGCUUCACCAAAAUGUCGGCCGAGAGUACUCCGUUCCAGGUGGUCAACUUUCUCAACGAUUUGUACACCUUGUUCGAUUCCAUCAUCCAGGGUUACGAUGUGUACAAGGUGGAAACCAUCGGAGAUGCCUACAUGGUGGUUUCUGGAUUGCCUUUACCCAACGGCGAUCUACACGCCGGCAUGAUUGCGUCGAUGGCGCUUGAUUUGCUAUCAGCAGUCAAGAAUCAUCGCGUGUCCCAUCGACCUAAAGAUCCAGUUUUACUCAGGAUCGGAAUUCACACCGGUCCCGUGGUGGCCGGAGUAGUGGGUUUGACGAUGCCCAGAUAUUGUUUGUUCGGCGACACGGUCAACACGGCUUCGCGGAUGGAAUCGAACGGCGAGCCCCUGAGGAUUCACAUCAGUUGCGAGUGUCGAAAGGCGUUGGAAAAGAUCGGCGGUUACGUGACGGAAGAACGAGGACUGGUCGCCAUGAAGGGCAAAGGCGAAGUGUUGACACACUGGCUGAUUGGCGUCACAAGUGGAGCUGUUACAGCACGAGCGGACGUUGGACCCGAUCAAGCGCCACUCUUUUGUCGCCCGUCUGGUGCCAUCGGAGCAGCGAGUUCCAACGCCAACGGCAGUGCCGGCAACAUGUCGGAUCUUCGCCGGAGGAGUCCUCGAAUGCUUCACAGGGCGGAAUCGAUGCUGACGAGGAGAGUGUCGUCCGAUUCGAGGCCCGUUGGCAGCGGGAGCAUUCGAAUGAGCUCGUCGCUGGCUGCGCAACAAGGACGGACACAAGGCCAGCCCAACAGGAUGUAUCACCACGAUAAUUCGGCCGAAUUGUUGGAGGGUUCCAAUAGCGACUCGAUAUGCAGCAGCAUCAUCAGCACCAAUCAACCUCCAACUCCGAAACUUUUCGACAGGAAAACGAGCCAAUCGGCUCGGUCUCUGCGUUCAGUUCGAACAACCAAGUCAAAUGCAAGUCUACGGCGUAGUUGCCUAUUAACGCGCAGCGCACAUGCCAGCCAAGUUCAAAUCGUUGCCGAGGGAGCGAGCGAGAGCGGUGAUGUGGAUUAUCGGAGCGGAACAACAGCCAGUCCGCUGUUACCUCAAAGGCGAUGCCAGUCACUCGGUCGAUUUCCCGAAGACGAAGAUGAACAACACCACCACCACCACCACCACCAGCAUCAGGAGCAGCAGCAGCAGCAGCAGCAGAGAGCGGGCGGUUUGAGUUCGGUUAGUCAUGGUCCCCGGCAGUUUCUCUGCGUUCCUCAAGUCUUCCCUUCUCGAAACAAGUCGAAUCAGCGUCGCAGGAAAGAAUCCAAAUCCCUGGAUCUUUUCCCGUCUGAAUUGAGGUCGACUUUGAUAGACCGGUCGCCGCUGCCCAGUUGCGCGUCGCAGGAUGACACUGAAGACGAACAUUCUCGACUUCUCAGCGACGAUCACAACGUCGUCUUGACAAUCCCGAACGGGGAUCAACCGGAGCAAGCCGAAUUGUCACGACCCAACGGACAUAUCAAGACUUCGGGCUACCAGGCCGUCAGGUUACUCCAAAACGACGACGAAGGGAUUGACGUCAAUUCCGAGACUCUGCUCAGUCGCGAUCGCACUCGGCAUCGGCCCAGUCUCACAGCCUGUGGAUUGAUGGAGUCUGAAAAGAGAUACUCUUGUGAACAACUGGAACAUUCGACAUCGGGCGAGAGACUCGGUAAAGAAGGCAAAGACACGGUCAUCGCCCCCACUGUUAGCAAGAGCGUGCCCAACGUCAAGCGGUGGAUAGUCAAUCUGUUCGGCGUGGGUCACGGAGGUGAUGCUUUUAGUCGGAAUCCGCAGACGGGAGAGGACUUUUCCGACCUCCACCGUGAUGACAGAGAAAGCGUUGUGUGAAAUUGCGCCUCCUUAUUCUUGCAUCCUCCACAGUCUUUUUACAUGAUGACAAAUUUGCUUUACUUGUUUCGUGAUUCGUAUAUUUCGCCAUUUGAAAAUGCCAUACCCGAUCUCCGAUUCUUCUCGGUUAAGAUUUUUAAUCGAUUUCAAGUCGGAAUGUUUUCUUUGAUUUUAGUGUAUCUGUAAUAUUGUCGCUGCUGAAAAUAUUGUGAUAAAUCGGUUGUUGUUUUA